UUGGUCCGAGCAGCCCGAGCAGUUCCGCCGCCUCAGGCCGGUGAUACACUUUCCUCCCCUCCCCGCACUAACUCCAUCAUCCCAAGGCCAAGGACUGUGCCGAAACAGCUUUCUAGACACGGCUCUGCCCUUAAACCCGGGGGCUGAUUGUGAAAGAGGUCCACCAUGUCUGAACUUUUCAUGGAGUGCGUGGAGGAGGAGCUGGAGCCGUGGCAGAAACAAGCUCCUGAAGUUCAUUUGAUAGAUGAUGAUGACGAUGAGCCCAUCUUUGUUGGAGUGCUCUCUAAUAACCAAAAGGAUGGAAAGCCCAAUCCUCCACCUCCUCAGAGGAACGCUGUGGCGAAAACAGAAACAAAGCGCCCUACUGUGCAGCCUGCCGUGGGCCCCUCACCAAUAGUGCUGCCACUGAGUAUACCUGGAAAUGCAGUGAAUGCUGCCCCACCCACUCUGACAACCGUCACUCCACAACCUGUUAUUGUUAAUAACCAGGUAUCAUUGGGCUUUAUUGUUACUUCUCCACAAUUGGCAAACAACAGUGAGUUUAUUGCCUCUCUUGGAACCCAGUAUCCCCCCGGGACAUCGUUUACCAUCGUACCAGCUGGCCAGCAGUCGUUAUUUCAGCAGGUCUCUCCAGCCACAGUGAUCCCUGGUGCUGUCCACAGGCCCCAGGUGCAACAAAUCAGCAACAACGUUGUGACUCUGACUAAUGUCCAGAGUCCUGCUGUGUAUUCAGCACAGCCUGGUCAGCUGCAGCCCAACCGACCCAUCCCUCAAUCUCUUCAGACUUUUUCGUUGCCUGUAAAGGACAACAGCAAUAACAGAGAUCAAAGUUUAGUCAAACGAGGACUGACCCCACAGGAAAUGGACAGCGCAGCAAAAAGAUCCAAACUUGACUUAGUUGCACCAGCAAAAGUAAUUGUCAGAGUGGAAAAUGGCAUCAUAAAGAAAAAGUGUCCAAACUGUCAAGAAGAAAUUAUUUCAGAGGAGGCCAUGAAAUAUCAUCUGAUGAGCUGCAGUGCAAAUGUGGGAAGUACGUCUCCAUCAGCCCAAAACACUAAUGCAAACAAGCGCAUCAUGCUGGUCUCAGAUUUCUACUACGGUCGCUUUGAGGGAGACACGCACAAGAAAGAGGCACAGAAGACCAACACCACUUUCAAGUGCCAAAGCUGCUUAAAAGUUCUGAAGAACAAUAUCAGGUUCAUGAACCAUAUGAAACACCACCUGGAGCUGGAAAAGCAGAACAGCGAGAGCUGGGAAAGCCACACAACCUGCCAGCACUGCUACCGACAGUACAUGACUCCAUUCCAGCUGCAGUGCCACAUCGAGAGCGCUCACAGCCCGAUUGAAUCCUCAACUAAUUGCAAGAUUUGUGAGCUGGCGUUUGAGUCGGAGCAGGUGCUCCUGGAACACAUGAAGGGGAACCACAAACCCGGGGAAAUGCCUUAUGUCUGCCAGGUGUGCAAUUACAGGUCGUCUUUCUUCUCAGAUGUGGAGACACAUUUCCGAAGUGUCCAUGAAAACACAAAAGACCUGCUCUGUCCGUUCUGUCUCAAAGUUCUCAGAACAAGUCACAUAUACAUGCAGCACUACAUGAAACAUCAGAAAAAAGGGAUCCAUCGCUGUGGAAAAUGCAGACUGAAUUUCCUCACCUACAAGGAAAAAGUGGAGCACAGGGCUCAUGUCCACAAGACUUUUAGGAAACCCAAAGCCUUGGAGGGUCUUCCUCCGGGUACAAAGGUGACCAUCCGAGCCUCCCUCACAGGGAAAACACCUGCAUUGCCGGCCUCCCCUGAUCGAUCAGGCUUUAUUGUCCCUCCAGAAAUGGCAAAUUUCAACGAUUUCAAAUCCAAACCUCCAGUCAGUGUGUCCAAGUCUAAAUCAACCGUCUAUGGAGCGGGAAAAGCCAAGACGACUCAGAGCAAGAAGCAAGAAGGGCGAACUUCCAAGCACAACCUGUCAUUGAGGAACCUCAGCAUCAGUGGAGGACGUUUCACGUGCAUCGAGUGCAACACACAGGUGGACCACUUCUUUUCUCAUUUCCCAAUGGUUUCAAAUUGUGGUGCAUGCAAAUACCGGACAAGCUGCAAAGUUGCCAUUGGGAAUCAUAUGAUACGAUUUCAUAGUACCAUCACCAAAAACAGAUUUUUGAAAAUGGAUCACAAGAAAAAUUCGUCGGCAUUAAAACUGACCCUGGUCUGCCUCAACUGUGAUCUCCUAGUGGAUGCAUCGGGUGGUGACCUGAUGACCAAACAUUUAAGUGAUCGACCAAAUCACACAUGCAAAGUCAUUCAGGAGAAAGCAGAUAUCAAAGCCAAAGAUCGAGUGCAUCUCCUCAUGCGGCAGCCAUCAAAAGUCCAAGUGUACUUCCUGACAUCGACAUCUGGUCAAAGUCCAAAGGAAACGAACUUGAAACAAGCUGGAAGUGUCACAUCUGGAAGUCUAACUGCUGAGCAGCCAGAAUCAGAGCCGAUGUUGGCAGCAGGCGAUGAGGAGGAAAAAGCUCCCACAGAAACGAGUGCCACUGAAGGCUCCUCUGAAGGAGAAGUACAGCAGCUGCAGCCUGAUUUAUCAUCUUCCUGCGCAUCAGAAAGUAUUGUGGGUGUCUGUGAUGAGUCGGUGGGUAACUCAGAGACCCCAGAUGUUGGAGAUCAGCUUUCCACCUCUGUGACUCUGACCGAGGAACAACAAACCUACACAAGAUUGAACCUGUAAAUCAGCUAAACAUCGCAGACGACAAUAGGAUGGAAAUGUGUACACUUUAAAAAAAUACAACCUUUUUCCAAGUGUCAAACCGAUGACGUUGCUUUGGCUGUUAAUAAUCCCCUCCAGAUUCAUGUGUUCUGAUGGAUUCGUGAUGGUUUUAACAACUGGAGAAAAUAUUUUAUCACAGGUUUUUGUUUACUCCUCUGUGAAAGUUACAUUGCCUCACUAUAUGUAAAAAAAAAAAAAAAAAAAAAAGAGUGUGCAGUCUCCGAAUUAUUCUGUACCUUGACUGACUCCAAACCAACAGUUUUAAAAAACUUAGGCUCAUUUCAUAUUUCUUAAAAGAUUCAGAUGUUCAUAUGAAGUCUAGUUAGCAACUAAAGUGGGGGGCAAUAUCUUUUAGAAGGGUAUUGAUUAGCUGUACUCUCAAUAUCUGAUGUCUGUCAGGUGAUUUUUUUUAUAUAUUUUUUAAAAUUUGCUUUACUCACAAAUUUGGCUGCGACCUUGACUGUAAAACGCCACCACGUUUUCCACAAAUCAUGCUGAGUGGCACAGAAUGUACAUGCUCCAAUUAUGCAUGUGGUCCACCUAAAACUAUAUAUAUUAAAAUAAUGUAAUUUUAUCUUUAAUUGUUAGAGCAGUUUGGGCGCCGUUUUCACCAGAGAGCAGUUUUUGCACUGUUAUUUUUGAAUCAAGCUGUUCUAGAUAGUUUGGGCUAUUAGAUGAACAACAGUUUUUCCUUUCUUUCAUUUGUGGUUUGCUGUUGUAUAAUAUGUACUUUUUUAAUGGGAUCUCUACGCUGCUCCUUUUAUAUUAAUCUGGUGUUAUACCAAAAAUAAAAACACGUCAUUGCUGAAAUGUUUACAUGAUUUACAGACGAUUCCUGAUUGUGACAGAAAAAGUGAUGUAGCACCUUUAUCUUUAUUUCCUGCUGGUUUCGAACAUCCCACAAUCAAGUUAUCAUAAUACUCAAACACCGGCUUUAAAUCAGAAGAAAUACAGCAGUACAUGUGUAGAAAAUAUUGGCGUCAAAUUUUAUUCUCAAAGGAAUGUCAUCUUUGUGAAAUGUGUGGCUUAGAGGGGGAACACGGUGAACUGAUGUAGAUUUUGUUGAUCAGCCGUGUUGAAAGUCAAGGCUUGUGAGACUGUUGUGUACCUUAGGUUGCGUAGGUACUCGGUAUGGUACUUCGGUUUGAUUAAAUCCGUUGACCAACUCUCAUGCCCCAAAUGUUGGUUGAUUAAGUUGCCUUUUAUUUUUCAUUUACUGAAAAAAAAGAAAAAUUCCCUGUAGCUGUGGGAAUAUUUUAUACUACGCCAUUUGUUUCAUUUUGUGUGGCUUAAUAUGUGAAAAGUAACUGGUCAUUUCGUAGGUUUUUAAAGAGGGUUUUCACUUGUACAUACAUUAGAGCUGUACGGCAAGUCUGCAAAUGUAUAUACGUCUAUGAUGGCACUAUUAAUAUAACCCACCAAACCUGUUUUUGAAUGCAUUCCAUGGAGAUGUACAAACUGGGUCUAGAACAGCGUUUUCCUGUUGUUGGUUAUGUAAAUAAAUCUUUAAUACAAGA